AUGAGUGAAACUUUGAGUCAGGAUCCCGAUGGGCUAGGGGCAGCAUACACGACCCUGGUGCCAUCGUAUCCUCCGACACCAGCGACUCCAAGUUCCACGGUGCAGGACGCACCACCCGGAGCCAAUCUACCUCCCUUUUCGACGUUUUCCGCUGAAAUGGAUUCAAACGGAGCGUUCAGUUCGGUAUCGGAUCGAUUAUUUAGCGAUACUCGUCUUCUAGACAUAUCAAAUUGGGACUAUUACACGGAAGCGAGACUUUUGGAUCGCGGCGACAAUGGAUUGUCGAUAAUUACCUCACAGCCUCAGUACCGUCCGUGGGAAUCCAAACCGGUGGACGCAUCCACGUCUACGUAUACAAACACAACGCCUGUUAAUACGUUAGUAGACGCGUUUGCUCAUCAAAACGGUGCUUCUAAAUUACCUUCAUUCCAGUCCCAAUUCCAAUCUUAUAACGAUACAGCCACAACCAGCGAACCGACGCUGACUACUCUCACUAAUCUAACGCCCGUAUCACCAAAUUCAUCUAGUCCACAAAGCCAUAGUUUAACGACGUUGAACUCUAAUUUCCAUACCUUAAGUGCUGUUAACGUUAAUCCAAGAAGUUACCCCUUAGUACCUGCGCCCAUCCAAGCGAGGGAAAUUCCUUCCAUCCAACAGCAGUUUCUAGACGAAAGACACAUCCAAUUGUACUCCCACCCGCCUGCGAACAUAGCCUUAAACAAUUCCCUACACCCGACCUUCUUGAACAGCCAAAACGGUGCCAUCAUCCAGAACAAUCAACUGAUCUCAUCGCCCACAGUGGUGACCGUGUUGAAGUCCGAGCCGGACAUAAAACUAGGUGCUAAUCUAACAGCUCUGCACCAUCACGACUCCAUCAAAUUGCAGAACGUCGGCUUGCACCCGACGCAAUUCCAGAACCCCAUGACGCAGAUCCACAACACUGACGGGGUCCUCUACGACGGUGUCGAGAAGAAGCUCAACGGCAACAUGACUUCCCCGACACGCAACGAUUUCCGCAAAAAGGAACGCAGGAAAAUCCGCGCGUCGAGCCUCGAAAGUUCGGUAGACAGUGACGGGGCUUCCAGUAACAUGGACAUCGGUUCGGAAAAUUCGGGCCAAGUGGCCGCCAUCUCGAGCACGGCGGGCUUCAAGACGCACCAAAUGCACGUUAACAGUUCGAUAGACAUGGAUACGGACAUAAGUGGUGGAAGCGUUGAUAAGCAGGUAAAGAAGAAGCGAAAACGGUGCGGUGAAUGUAUCGGUUGCCAGCGGAAAGAUAACUGUGGUGAUUGUGCCCCCUGCAGGAACGAUAAGAGCCAUCAGAUCUGCAAGCAGAGGCGAUGCGAGAAAUUAACGGAGAAAAAGAACCUUUAUCAAGACGGUUUCCUACGUGGCGAAUCACGCAGAGGGAGGGGAAAAGGAAGAGGUGGAGCGAGCUACCGCGGCCGAAAGCCCGCCAGUACAUCGGCUCCCUUGGGAGGAGGCAGUUCUUUGGUAGCACCCGAGACUAACGGCGGCUCCGUUGUGGCACCCACGGCUCAACCUUCUUCCAGACCCAGUCCGCAGCCGACGCAAAUCCAGCAGCCCAUGCCCGUCCAGCAACAACCAAUGACUCCAAUGCCUUUCUACGCUGAUCCUAACAGAUUUCCUACACCAGUAUGGCAAGCGGAUCCUUCACAAGGUUGGACGCAAGGCCAGUUCAUUCAGCAAAUUCCGGCAGCCGGCCAAGCGAUCGAAACCUACCAGCAAUACCCCAACGGCAUUUACCAAACCACCUACCAACAGCCGGCAUUCGAGACAAACACAUUCUACACCGGAGCCGUGCAAGUAUUGACAAACGCUAGACCGCCCAGCACGCCCAAUCAGCAGGUCCAAUUAGCGUCGUCUCGACCGAACUCGAAUUAUUCGCAUACUCCCAGCCCGAGCCCUGUCCAGCAACAGCAACAGGGAAACUCCGGCAGACAGUACCAGGAAUACAACAUUGCUCAAGUAGGAAACCAGCAGCAAUCGAAUCAGCAGAAUUUCAUACAGUCCGGCUCCACGUCGACCGGCAACGACAACCAAACGGGCAACAACUCCAGGCCCGGAUCGGUGAACACCAUCAUGAAUCCGCCGACGCCGAAUCCGAAUUUCAGCCCGCAAACGCAGCACCAGCAGCACCAGCAGCAGUCGGGCCAGCAGCAAGCCGCGCAGCAGCAAUCCAACAACACGUUCACAUCGAUCAGCAACUUCAGUCCCACGCCUACCGUGAACUACGUGAACGCGAAUUCGGGAAACGCUCAGCCUGGGUAUCCACAGGUGAACAGCAGCAGUCCGCAGCUAACUUCACACAACUCUAGUGGUUACCCAGGCCAGGAACAGUAUAGCGGACAGGAGCACAACCAAUGGCAGAACGACGGCCAGAUGAUGUGGCGGCAAUCCAUCAAAGUAGAGCCUAAUUACGAACACCAGGAGCAACAGAAUAAUCAGUACAUUCAGGAAAUGAAUAAUUCGUCCAAUAAAAUCGAAAAUAUGCAUCAGAACAUCCAAAGAGAAAAAUCUUUUUCUCAAGCGGACAAAGUAAAUCUGAAUACGAGGAUAAAAACGAUGAUUUUAAAUAAGCAACAAGAAAAUAACAAAAUGGACGAGUCGAAGGCGGUAGAUCAAAAUUCGACCGGUCAUUUUUUAUCGUAUAGCCACCAUCACCGCCUAAAACAACCUUUAGGUGAUGAUGGUGGCUCCCAGAAUCGCUACGAUUCUAAACAAUAUUUUAAAUAUCCCGACAAGAGUCCCGCUAACGAAACCAACAAUCCAUUAGACAUGCGUCGAUUUGCUCAAACGAAUCCAGUACAAAACUCGCAUCAUUUUCAUUAUAAGAAUAAUUACGAUAACCGCACAGCAAAGGAUCUAAGCAGUAAUACACCUAGUCAUAACGAUAGUCAACGCAUUUAUAAAAAUAAUUUCCACGACCAACAGUCUCUGUCGAGAGAGCACUGCAACGACAGCAUUCCAGAAUUCACGGGAAACUCGCCGAUGAAACCCAAAGAAAAACGAGCGAAAAAUUUGUACACAUCGACGCCGGUUAAAGCAAAACCAGUCGCGUCCCCCGACAAAUGCAACAAGCAAGUAGGUAUGGAGAUUCCCGAAUGCCAAUGCAUCCCAGCUGAUCAAGUUUAUCCGGAGCCUGGUACUUACUACACUCACUUGGGCUGUGCUAAUAAUUUGAAAAGCCUGCGAUACGAUCUCGAAUGUAGAACGGGAGUCAACGGUGUGUCCAUAAGAAUCGAAACAUUGAGGUACACUGGAAAGGAAGGGAAGACUUCUCAGGGUUGCCCAAUCGCAAAAUGGGUUAUUCGACGUCAAAAUGAAAGCGAGAAAUACCUGGUAAUAGUGAAACAACGAAAAGGCCACCACUGCCACUCAACAUUCAUCGUUAUAGCGCUUGUAGUGUGGGACGGUGUUUCGCAAGGCAACGCUGACGAUCUAUACUCGCUUCUAACAGAUAAAUUAAACAAAUUCGGCAUACCAACGAAACGCCGAUGUGCCACCAACGAUCCCAGGACGUGCGCCUGCCAAGGCGUCAGCGAGAAAACCUGCGGCGCCAGCUUCACCUUCGGCUGCUCGUGGUCCAUGUAUUACAACGGGUGCAAGUUCACGCGCUCGAAGGAGGUGCGCAAGUUCCGCCUGACGGAGAAGACCGAAGAAGCGCUGCUGGAGGAAAAGCUGCAGGACCUCUCCGAUCACAUCGGUCCCAUCUACCGCUGCCUGGCUCCGCGCUCGUUCAAAAACCAAUGCCGCUUCGAGAGCAUCGCCUCGGACUGCCGGCUGGGAAGGAACCCCGGCCGGCCGUUCUCCGGCGUCACCGCUUGCGUGGACUUCUGCGCGCACGCCCACAAGGAUCUGCACAACAUGAUCGACGGGUGCACGGUGGUCGUCACGUUGGCCAAGCACAAGGGCUUGACGAAGCCUCCGGACGAACAGCUCCACGUAUUGCCGCUCUACGUGCCGGAGGAGACCGACGAAUUCGGAUCCAGAGAAGGGCAAAACCAGAAAGUCAUCGACGGUAGCAUUGAAGUUUUGGAAAAAUAUUCCUGCGAGGUGCGAUUGUCUUCGACGCCGGCAGAGAGAUGCGUGGUCAGAAGAACCAAAAAGAAGAAAGACGAAGAGGGCAAGAAACCAAAGAAGAAUAAAUCUGCGAAUGCAGAGUGUUCGUUACCUUUUCAAUAUCAAUCUGCGCCAUCUACCUCAAGGGAUACCGCUUGGAACAAUGAAGUACAAAGUAGUCAAGUGUCCAGUACAGUAUUAGAUUACCCUAGAAUGCCUACUGGGAGGUCCUUACAAGGAAAACACGAACCUAGUGUAUCCAGACAAACCCUGAGAUGCAUUUGCUUCCAGUUUCACAUUAAUUUUACCUUUAUCGCAAGACUGCUUUACGAUUACUUCCCGCGUUUAUUUGGAAUUAGUCCACGGUAUCCGACCCAGAAGAGAGAGUUCUUUGUCGAAAAACGAAUGGGAGCAGUUUGA